CAUGCGAAAGUACUUGCCGAGGCGCAGAUCGCCAAGACCCUGUUCCAACCAGGGCCGUGCAAGUUGGUUGGCCGCGAGUUCGCGAAGUGGAGAGGCGCUCGGGAGCAUCGCGGCCACGCGAAGCUCAAGCUGUCAGACAACAUUUCGGAAGGGUAUAGGUUACCAAACAUGUCGGUCGAUUUCCUGAGACAGACGUUGAUGCAGCAAGCAGCGGAGAUGGAGUUUCCAGUCCGGCGUGCUUGGAUGGCGCUGCAGUGCCACAUGAUGCCGAGGAUGUUGCGUACGUGCGCGUCGCUGUCAGAUGGUUGCAGCCAUGCCGCGACGUUCCUCAUUGCAUUAACGGCCAGCGCGGUCAACAAGAUGGAGCUCACUGGAGUGAUUCCACGAG